AUGGUCGAUCUACAAUUGUUCACACCGCUGAUAAGAUAUUCAGAGCCAGAAGAAGGAGAACCUCAAACAAUCCAUCCAAACAAAGAGCAACUCUCUCGUCGUCAUGCAAUCAUUCCGGAUCAACCAAGCGAAAAUCAAGAGACUUCGAGUCAAGGAUGUUGUUCAUCUGAUAAUGUUAUCAUAGUUCCACAUGUACAAAUCUCUCCGAAUGAAAGUCAUUUGUUCAAUCGAGCAAUCAGUUCAGGUGGCGGACUUUUGGCUGAUCUCCAACGUGCUACUAUAGCCUCUCAAGCCUUCUACGCGGAAGCUUCGGAGCCUCAGAAGAAUCGGUCGCCAUGGAUUCUGAAGAGGCUUUACGAGUGGUCUGGUAGAGCAAAGAGGCGGGAGAUCAUAAAGCAUGUACAGGCUGCAUUGGAGACUUCGAAAGAUCAUGAGAUCGAGGAUGAUGAAUUGGAAAAGUUAUUGCCGGUCUCGUACGAGGAAAUGUUUCUAGGAGACGAGACAUCAACUCUCCCUCCAGCGAAACAAAAAUAUCUUCAAGCUGUCUGGGAACUUUUCCACACAGAACUCGUCUUUCUCUAUCGUCAGCUUUUCGUUCUCCGUGAUGUUUACAAGGAACCGUUGAAGAGAUGUCAAGUCGAAGGAUGUCUCCUACUUGUCGAGCCUGACCUCCUCUUUGGAAAUUUGGAUCAACUUUGCAGAAUAUCCCGAACAUUCUGUCAGUCAUUUCUCUCAUUGCUGAGUACGGUGGAUAAGGAAGUCUGGGAUUGUACGCAAUUGGUGGUCGACUUGUUUGAAAAGUUCUCGAAAGGACCCUCAACAAUCUCUGCUUAUCAAGCAUACUGUAUCAACUACAAGGCAACUAUGGAGUACCUGGGAUCAAUUCGUCAAAAAGAAGAAAGAUUCACAGAGUUCGAGCGGAUAUGCUUGGCAGAUGAACGAUGUUUCCGUCUUCAAUUGGAAGAUCUUCUGAUUGCUCCACUUCAGAGGAUAACUCGACUUCCGAUCCUUCUCAGAGAAAUUCACAAAAGAUCAGAAGAUGAGGAGAGCAAGGGAAAAGUGGAGAAAGUGAUUGAUACGAUGACUGAAUCACUUCGAUCGAUAGAUGACAGUGUACAGUGGUUGCAUAAUUUCGAGAGAUUGCAGCAGUUGCAGACUCAGGUUGUAUGGCCGAAUAUCAGUGAACUGGAACCAAAGUCAUACAUUCCUGAUUUCCUCCGCGUCGCACUUUCCCGUCAAUUCUGUGAGAAUCUGUUGGCUCAUCCACGUCGAAAACUGAUCCAUGAAGGACCACUGGAACUUGUGGAGAAUGGAAGGACGGUUGAUAUGUAUGCAUUCCUUUUCAAUGAUAUGUUCGUACUGACAAAAACCAAGAAAUGCGCGUCGAAGUUGAAAGUGAAAGGAGUACCGCUCGGCAAAUCCGAGCAUUACAUAGUUCAACGACAACCGGUUCCCUUGGAUUCUUGUGUCUUCUGUGAUGCGGAUUCCAAUGAUCAGGCCACUCCAAUGUCUCUGAAAUUCGCAUUCGUCAUAAUCCAUCUGACUCGAUAUUAUCAAGUCGUUGGUAUCUACACUUUGCAAGCUGCUGACAAAGCAGAUAAGGAGUUAUGGAUUGAGAAGUUCCAGGAAUCAAUUGAGAAUUAUGAAUCAAUUCAAUUGAAAGACAUGCUCAAGUGCACUCCACUCUUCUCAAGUCUCAGUUUGAGAAGAUGCUCCAGCUCUCGUCUCAUGUCAAAAUCUGAACCAAAUUCACCUCAACUGCCAAAAGAAGAUGGAAAAGAAAAGAAGGAAAAAGAAGAGAAAAAGGAAUGUUGCUCUUCUUCAACAUGUAAUCAGAAUCAAUAA